AUGGGUGAACCUCACCCGGGGGAAAUCACCUUCGUGAUCAUGUAUCUCCCCUGCCAGGAUACCCCUAUUGUUUCUGAAAACGCUGACCAGGACCCACACUUCCAACAAAAAUUCCUCUACCUCUGUAAUAGCAGCAUUAACAGCAGCAGCGGCGGCGGUGGCAGCAAAGCAGCAGCCACAUCAGCAGACCUGCUUCUGUGCUGUUGCUUCUUGCCUCUGACUUGUAAACAAGACCUAAGAGAACAUGCAAAUGGAAAGUCACAAACCUUUGGGUGUUUGAAAGGAUCCUUGGGACCUCAUGAACAUCUGUGGAAACUGGAUGGAGAUAUUUGGGGAAGAAUGGACUCCUUAGCUCGCUUAAUUCUCUAUGGAGUCAGUUUGCUCCUUUCUGGUUCAGUUGAUGGUGCCAUGGACCUGAUCCUGAUCAAUUCCCUACCUCUUGUGUCUGAUGCUGAAACUUCCCUCACCUGCAUUGCUCCUGAAUGGCAUCCCCCUGAGCCUCUCACCAUAGGAAGAGAUUUUGAAGCCUUAAUGAACCAACACCAUGAUCCACUGGAAGUAACUCAAGAUACGACCAGAGAAUGGGCUAAAAAAGUUGUUUGGAAGAGAGAAAAGGCUAGUGAAAUCAACGGUGCUUACUUCUGUGAAGGGCGAGUACGAGGAGAGACAAUAAGGAUAAGGACCAUGAAGAUGCGCCAACAAGCUUCCUUUUUACCAGCUACUUUGACUAUGACUGUGGACAGGGGAGAUAAUGUGAACAUAUCUUUCAAAAAGAUCUUGAUGAAAGAAGAAGAUGCAGUGAUUUACAAGAAUGGUUCCUUCAUUCAUUCAGUGCCCCGGCAUGAAGUCCCUAACAUUUUAGAAGUGCAUCUGCCUCAGGCUGCAACCGCCACCCAAGAUGCUGGGGUGUACUCAGCCAGGUACAUAGGAGGAAACCUCUUCACCUCAGCCUUCACCAGGCUUGAUUCUAGGAGAUGUGAAGCUCAGAAGUGGGGACCUGACUGCAACCGUAUCUGUACUGUUUGUCAGAACAAUGGCAUCUGCCAUGAAGAUACCGGAGAAUGCAUCUGCCCUCCUGGGUUUAUGGGGAAAACAUGUGAGAUGGCUUGUAAACCACACACAUUUGGCAGAACUUGUAAAGAAAGGUGUAGUGGACCUGAGGGAUGCAAGUCCCGCGUAUUCUGUCUCCAAGACCCCUAUGGGUGUUCUUGUGCCACAGGCUGGAAAGGUCUGCAAUGCAAUGAAGCUUGCAAGUAUGGUCACUAUGGUCCAAAUUGUAAACUGAAGUGCAGGUGCACCAAUGGGGAGACAUGUGAUCGAUUCCAAGGAUGCCUCUGCAAUUCAUAUAACUAUGGGGUGCAUUGUGAGAAAAAAGGUAUACCAAGGGUUAAUCCAAGGAUAGAAAGAUUGCCAGAUGACAUAGAAGUAAACAGUGGUAAAUUUAAUCCCAUCUGCACAGCAAUUAGUUGGCCACUACCUGAAAAAGAAGAUUUUACCCUGGUAAAGCCAGAAGGGACAGUUCUCCAUCCAGACGAAUUUAACCAAUCAGGUCUUGAGUCAAUGGCCGAAUUUACAGUGGACCGAAUCCUCCCUCCUGACUCUGGAGUCUGGUUCUGCAGUGUGAACACAGUGGCAGGGAUGGUGGAAAAACCUUUCAACGUUUCAGUUAAAGUUCUUCCAAAGCCUCUGCAUGCCCCAAAUGUGAUCAACAUUGGACAUAACUUUGCUGUUAUCAACAUCAGCUCUGAGCCUUUCUUUGGAGAUGGACCGAUAGAAUCCAAGAAACUUCUGUACAAACCUAUAAAUCAUUAUGAGGCAUGGCGAGAUAUUCAAGUGACAAAUGAGAUUGUUACCCUCAGCUAUUUGGAACCUCGGACAGAAUAUGAACUCUGCGUGCAGCUGGUGCGGCCUGGAGAGGGCGGGGAAGGCCAUCCUGGACCCGUGCGAAGGUUCACAACAGCUUCUAUCGGUCUCCCUCCUCCAAGAGGUCUCAUUCUUCUACCCAAAAGUAUGACUGCUCUAAAUUUGACCUGGCAACCAAUAUGGAAAAACUCAGAUGAUGACUUUUACGUUGAAGUAGAAAGGUGGUCUGUGCAAAGGAAUAAUGAUAAGCAGAGCAUAAAAGUGCCAGGCAACUUGACUUCGGCGCUAAUUAAUAAUUUACAGCCCAGGGAGCAGUACGUGGUUAGAGCCAGAGUCAACACCAGGGCCCAGGGGGAAUGGAGCGAAGAUCUCACUGCUUGGACCCUUAGUAAUGUUAUUCCUCCUCAACCAGAAAACAUUAAGAUUUUCAACAUCACAGAUUCCUCAGCUAUGGUCUCUUGGAAAAUCAUGGAUGGUUUUUCUAUUUUUUCUAUUAUCAUCCGCUACAAAGCUCAGGGCAACAAUGAAGAUCAGCACAUUGAUGUGAAAAUCAAGAACACUACCAUUACCCAAUAUCAACUCAAAGGCCUAGAGCCUGAAACAGCUUACGUGGUGGAUAUUUUUGCAGAGAACAACGUAGGGCCAAGUAAUCUGACCUUUUCUCAUGAACUGAUGACUCUCCCUAAAUUUCAAGCACUUGGGAACCUUGAAGGUGGGAAGAUGUUGCUCGUAGCCAUCCUCGGAUCUGCAGGAAUGACCUGUCUGACGGUGCUGUUGGCCUUUUUGAUCAUGUUGCAGCUGAAGAGGGCAAAUGUCCAAGGGAGAAUGGCUCAAGCCUUUCAAAAUAGGGAAGAACCAGCUGUGCAGUUCAACUCAGGAGCUCUGGCCCUGAACAGGAAGGCCAAAAACAACCCAGAUCCUACAAUUUAUCCAGUGCUUGAUUGGAAUGACAUCAAAUUUCAAGAUGUGAUUGGAGAGGGAAAUUUUGGCCAGGUUCUUAAGGCACGCAUCAAGAAGGAUGGGUUACGGAUGGAUGCUGCCAUCAAAAGGAUGAAAGAAUAUGCCUCCAAAGAUGACCACAGAGACUUCGCGGGAGAACUGGAAGUUCUGUGUAAACUGGGACAUCACCCAAAUAUCAUCAAUCUCCUGGGAGCCUGUGAACACCGUGGCUAUUUGUACCUGGCCAUUGAGUAUGCCCCCCAUGGCAACCUCCUGGACUUUCUGCGCAAGAGCCGUGUGUUGGAGACCGAUCCAGCUUUUGCCAUCGCCAACAGCACCGCCUCCACUCUGUCCUCCCAGCAACUGCUCCAUUUUGCAGCAGAUGUGGCCCGUGGCAUGGACUACUUGAGCCAAAAACAGUUUAUUCACAGGGAUCUGGCUGCCAGAAAUAUUUUAGUCGGUGAAAACUAUGUGGCCAAAAUAGCAGAUUUUGGAUUGUCCCGAGGUCAAGAAGUAUAUGUGAAAAAAACAAUGGGUCGGCUCCCAGUGCGCUGGAUGGCAAUUGAGUCACUGAAUUACAGUGUCUAUACAACCAACAGUGAUGUAUGGUCUUAUGGAGUGUUACUAUGGGAGAUCGUCAGCUUAGGUGGCACCCCUUACUGUGGCAUGACAUGUGCAGAGCUCUAUGAGAAGCUACCCCAGGGAUACAGACUGGAGAAACCCCUAAACUGCGAUGAUGAAGUGUAUGAUUUAAUGAGACAAUGCUGGCGGGAGAAGCCAUAUGAAAGACCCUCAUUUGCCCAAAUAUUGGUGUCCUUAAAUAGAAUGUUAGAAGAACGAAAGACCUACGUGAAUACCACCCUCUAUGAGAAGUUUACCUACGCAGGAAUUGACUGCUCUGCUGAAGAAGCAGCUUAGCACAAUUCAUCUUCUUCUAUGUGCUAUUUCCUCUUAACCAGCAGAGAGACCCUUCAUCCAUGGAAGCCAAGUAAAUAAGCAAGAUUCUUCCAGGAUAUAUGGCAUAGACUUGUAAAUAUAUCAUUUCUGUAUGUCGGGGACCUUCACCA